AUGACAUCGGUACCAGUAUAUCAACAACUUCGACCCGAUGCUAAUUUCACCUACAAAUUAAUUCAACUCCCACCUAAUCUUCUAUCGCAUUUGUCAUUUGGUGAUUGCAAUGCAAAAUACCUUGAUUUGAAAACCAAACCUAUAAAUCCAAAUGCUGCACCAUCUUCAGAUGAUAGUGAGGGUGAUACUGUUGUUGUGUGUACUCGGGAUUCAACAUUCAAAUUACGACAAAAUAAUCAUUCUAAUUGUGUCUUACUCAUGAAUCAGCGUCGAAUCAAUCAUGAUCAAAGAGAUGGUGAUAAUGGUGAUCGUAACGAAGAUGCGGAGGCGUUGAUGGGGUUCAGCCGAAGUAACUAUGUUUAUGAAUUGACACAAAUUCCCGGCUCAAUUUUAGAUAUUUUGCCUGAAUACAACAACCGCCAAAAUGGCGCUACUCAAUUAGGUAAAAAGUUCAUGUCAAGGAAUAAAUUGGCUGAAUUGAGUCCUUGUUCGCCCACUGAAUUUGAUAAAAUUUACAUUGACUCAUGUCUCUGUGAAAUAACUAAUGAAAACAACGACAAAUUUGUUUACAAACUAACCCAAAAUGUAAUUUCACAAAUUUUGCAUACUUUUAUCACGUAUUUAAUCAGUGAAUCAAAACAAACUCAAAGUUUCACUAUAGAUAAGCUUACUUUACAUUGUAAUGUGGCCUUCAAAAGUUGGCAACCAUCAAUGAUUGAUGCUGUAAUUUUUAAAUUCACAAUUUGUGCUCGAGAGGAUUCUCAAAAUCGACCAAACCCCACAGUCACCAAUGAUGGUCUUUUACCUGGUCCAUUACGAUUGCAUGAUGAUGCCAUAACUCGUUGGUUUGGUAUUCAAGAACUAUCAAAACUAGCACAUUCCUUCGGCACACCAACUACAGUGGCUGAUUUCUUAUUGAAUUGGAAGACUGCAUUACCUUCAUUCUACAACGUUCCAUUGGAUAUUGUUCAACUACGCGGCCACUACUACACUGCAAACACCACCAACACCACUAACAGUUCAUCCCAGUUGGUUUAUUUCAUCAAUCAAUCAUCCCUAAGUCGUGAUGUCGCCACUCGAUUCAAACAAUUGCUUACAAUUCAAUCUAAUUGGAAAUAUGAUGAAUUUGUGGCUUGUUUGCAACCAGUGUUGGAACAUGGUAAGAAAGUCGAUACGGUGAUCUUGAAAUAUGGGAAAAAGAAACGGGUUAAACGGGAUCAAUUUGUUGUAUGUGGGAGGUAA